AUGCUUCCUUGGGCUAUGGGCUAUCUUCUCAUUCUUCUUCUAGCACCCAGUGUACAAGCAUUCAAUAAAGUCCACACAAAUUGCACUCUUCCACCCCAACACGCCAAUUUCGUGACAGCGCCGAACACCCGUGGCACUUUGCAAAUUCUAUGGUCUUCUCUUUUCACCAUCCUCGCCUGUACCUGGACUGUACUUCAUCUCAAUAUCCCGAAAUAUAGACCAAAACCGACGACAAGCGGCUCCAAGGACCUGCUGAAAUGGAUGGUUGGCAAGUAUCAACAGCCAAUUAUAUGGUUCCUAAUUACUGUACUAGCCCCGGAAGUUUCUUUCGCCAAGUACUGGAAUGACCAGGUCCAAGCGCAUUCAAUCUUUUGGCAUUACAAACAGAACUUCGAAGAAAAAAAUUGGACAAAAACUCAUGUUCUGUUUGUAAAUAUGGGAGGGUUUGCGCUGCGAUACACUAUCGAUGAGAAGGAUACAUCGGGCUCAGACAAGGGAGAACAGAAUCCGGAAACCCGAAAUAACAUCCAGCCUGAUGUGGCCGCCCCUGCAGAAAACGAGACGUCGAUACAAGGGGGCUCGAAUCAAUGGAAACAAUUCACUUCAAUAUUUGCCCGACAAAGAAAAGAAAAGGGAAAGCAAGCGAAUAUCAUCAUACAGAAUCCCGCACAGAAGUUCGAAGAUAUUUACUACCUGACAGCUACCGAGGCUCUCAAGAUUAUGUGCAGCACAAACACGACUAUACCUGGGCUAGAGGAUAUAUCCGUGGAGGAAAUCAAGGACCGGUCCAAAACAGAUUCAUUCAUGCGGAUCCUCGCUAUCGGACAGAUCCUCUGGGUGAUUAUUCAAAUUAUAUCGCGAGCAACAUAUGGCCUGGCUGUGACCCAGUUGGAAGUCACCGUGGUGGCCUUUGCAGUAUGUGCAGUGGGAAUUCAUAUAAUGAAUAAUGGGAAGCCCAAGGGUGUCAAUCUUCCAAUUGUUUUCAACUAUUAUGGAACGAGGGAGGAAUUGAAGGAAGAGCUUGCGACUGCUCAAUUGCCCAUUCCCGAUGAUUCACAUAAGAAGUGGAAGUUCUACAAAUGCAAGUACUGCAACGCAGAGAAUGGCACGGGCAUAACUUGGGACAAUACGAAGAGCACCAGACAAACUAGCAGUGAGAACAAUAACAGAAACCAUGGUUCCGAAGACAAGACAGAAACUCCCGCAGUUACUGAGAACGCGUUCUGGGGGAAAGUGACUCACACUAUAAUUGGAAUCCAAUACUUCAUCGAAGGCACCUCGGGACCAGGCGAUCCGGCAGGCAAUGGAUUCACUAAAGACUUGAACGAUACUAAUGGUGUGCUCACCUAUAUGACUAUGUUUAUCGGCGGUACGGUUUUUGGAGGAAUUCAUCUUAUGGCCUGGGAUUUUCAGUUCCCCACUACAGUGGAGGAAUACCUUUGGCGGGUGGCUGCAAUGUGCUGUACUGCUAGCUUUGUACCAUGUACAUUGCUCUUUUUUGUACUUCUCGGACUCUAUGAAGCCCAGAACAUCUUACUUCUCUCGCAAAAAGAGUCCAACAUUUCUCCACCUGGGGAUACCGGAACCGAAGACGCUACCUCCACAGUCUCGAGCGCCAUCCCCUUGCACGUUGUCUCAAAUCUGAAGACAGAUAUAGACGCCGGACUUGGUCUCAGCUCAAAUAAGAACCCUAUUCAGGAGUCAGAGAAAUUGAGACCCUUGCCUUCGGUUUUUAUGAAAGACGAAGAAUCACAAGCUCCGCCGCAACACCGCCAUAACCGAAUCUUUGCAUUUGUUAGCUUCCUCCGGCUCAUACGACUUUGUGCACCUCCGCUUUCAUGGUUCAAUGCAAAGCUGCUAAUUCCAUCGACUCUUGUUUACAUUAUGGCGAGAUUAUUCAUUAUUGUCGAGAUGUUCAGAACAUUGGCCUUUCUGCCAAGUGCGGCAUAUAUUGCUACUUGGUCUUCGGAAAUUCCUGAUAUCAGCUAG